AUGUUAUUUGUGAAAAUUUGCUUAGUUCUUGGAGCGUCUAUUUCUUUUGUUAGCUCUUCAGAAAUAGAAACUGAUGAAGGAGUUUUAGUUUUAAAUAAAAAUAAUUUUCAGUCAGCGAUUUCUGACGUUGAAUUUAUCUUAGUUGAAUUCUAUGCUCCGUGGUGUGGGCAUUGCAAAGCAUUAGCUCCUGAAUAUGCUAAAGCUGCUAAGUUAUUAGAAGAAGAAGGAUCUAAAAUUAAAUUAGCCAAAGUAGAUGCUACAGAGGAAACAGAGUUAGCAGAACAACAUAAUGUCAAAGGAUACCCAACCUUGAAAUUUUUCAAAAAAGGACAUGUAGUUGAAUAUUCAGGCAAAGUUGCUGAUCAAAUUGUCAGCUGGUUAAAGAAAAAGACUGGUCCACCAGCCAAAAACUUGGAAUCUGUAGAUGAUGCCAAGGCAUUCAUCGAUGAAAAUAAUGUUGUGGUUGUGGGAUUCUUUAAGGAUCAAUCAUCAGAUAAUGCUAAAGCAUUCCUUCAAACUGCUGAAGUAAUGGAUAAUGUUGUUUUUGGUAUUACAUCAGACAGUGCAGUGUUCACAGAAUAUUCCGUAGAUGGCGAUAAAAUUGUUCUCUUCAAAAAAGUUUUGUUUGUUUCAAUUAACACAGACGAUGAUGAUCACUUAAGAAUUUUAGAAUUUUUCGGUAUGAAAAAAACAGAUACUCCUUCGAUGAGGUUGAUCAAACUUGAAGAAGAAAUGGCCAAAUACAAACCAGUCGAUGAUAAGGUUGAACCAGAUAACGUUAGAAAGUUUGUUGAAGAUUUUCUUAGCGGUAACCUCAAGCAACAUCUUUUGUGCCAAGACCUUCCCGAAGACUGGAAUAAAACUCCGGUACAUACAUUGGUGGCAUCUAAUUUCGAUGAAGUUGCAUUUGAUUCAUCAAAAGACGUCUUGGUGGAAUUUUACGCUCCUUGGUGUGGUCACUGUAAACAAUUGGCUCCCAUUUAUGAUCAGUUGGGAGAACAUUUUAAAGACGAUGAUAAAGUUGUCAUUGCUAAAAUGGAUGCGACGGCCAAUGAACUUGAGCACACGAAAAUUUCAAGUUUUCCAACUUUGAAAUUGUACAAAUCGGGAGACAACAAAGUUGUCGAUUAUUCGGGUGAAAGAACACUCGAAGCUCUCAUUAAAUUUAUCGAAUUGGGCGGCGAAGAUUUGUCAGGACCCGAAGGAAAUUCACUCGUGAUAAAUUUAAAUGGAAAAUUGCGCAAUCAUUUUUAUUUAACUGUAAUCGUCAUCAUCGAGUGA